GUCGUGCAUUUGCUACAGAUACGAGUGGAAUACUUAGCAGAUAUACUUAAUACUCGCAAAUAAUUAAUUUGUUUACAUUCAAUUUAAAUAGUUUUAAUUGAAAUAUAAUUGAAAUGGAACGUUGGCAAAAUCGCGUCGCUGUCAUCACCGGUGCUAGUUCUGGUAUUGGUGCCGCUUGUGCCAAGCUAAUUGUAGCCGCGGGCAUAAAAGUCGUUGGACUUGCACGCCGCACGGAACGCAUGGAAUCACUCAAAAAUUCAUUAACGACAGAACAGCAAAAAAACUUUUACUAUCGUCAGUGUGAUGUAUCGCAGGAGCAACAAGUACAAGAAGCAUUUGAAUGGAUUGAAAAGCAAUUGGGUGGCACUGAUAUACUAGUGAAUAAUGCAGGCAUCAUACGUGAUGGUAAUUUAGUAGAAAUGCCAAUGCAUGAUAUAAAGGAUGUGGUGAACACUAAUUUCAUGGCUCCCAUUUAUUGCACACAGAGUGCGUUUAAAAGUAUGCAAAAGCGUAGUUUUCCUGGACAUUUGAUUUUCAUUAACAGCACAGCUGGUUUAGCCGGCUACAAUCCAGGACCAGACUAUCCCAGUUUGAAUGUGUAUACACCAACAAAAUUCGCUUUGAAUGCGAUUAAUGAAAUUUGCAGACAAGAAUUAAUGACACUGAAGACUAAAAUAAAAACAACUAAUAUCAGCCCAGGUUGGGUAUCAACAGAAAUUGUGCCAGACGAGACGAAAACUGAAUUGGGCGAUGUUAUAUUACAAGCUGACGAUGUUGCUAAUGCAGUGAUGUACGCACUGUCAACGCCACCACACACUCAAGUUCAAGAGAUAACAUUGCGAGCUGUGGGAGAAUGGUAUUAAGUUUAAAAAAAAACGUAUCUGAGUAGAGUAAAGUAAUUUUUACGAAUGCGAAUUUAUUAUCUUAGUACCAAUCAUCUAAGCAAAUGAUUUUACUUUAGGAAUUAUAAUUUUACACAACAUUAAAUUCUCAAUAAAAUAUAUGUA